AUGAUGUAGUUUUUCUGUUACUUUCAGGAACUUUGAAGAUGUUUAUGAUGUAGAAAAGUUCAUAACAAGCCUUGACGGUGUAGUGCAAGUCGCUAAAUCUCAGCCUGCUAAAUUAUCAGCACGCAAUCUUGCAGUUGUGAAGGUCCCCAAUCGGGUUACUGAAGAGUACAUUGCAGAAAAUAUUGAACCAGUCUUCAGAAGCAAGGGAAACAUUAGGCUAGCAACUUACUUCCCUUCAGUAAACAUGAAAAAGAAAAAGGAAAAAAGUAAGACUGACUCUAUUGGAUGUUUGGCAAUGUUUGGAGCCCUCGAGCCACAGACAGAAGUUCGUGAAGUUGUUGACUCGUUGGUUAAUCGUCUAAGGACAUUAAGUCGGAAGUCAAAUGGACAGUUCGUGGCAGUUGACCUUAGGCUUGAUAUCUUGGAGAAAAAGGGCUGCCAUAAAAAUAGUGGAUCAAAAAGCUGUUAUGGUCCUCAAGACAUCGCACAAUUUUUGAGAAAGAUUGGCUAUGACAAGGACACAACAGUAUACGUGACUGAAUCAAAAUGGGACAGCAGCCUCGACAGUCUAAAGGACUUCUUCCCAAAAACUUAUACAAAGGAAAGUAUAAUGCCCAUGGAUAAAAAAGACAAAUUCCUUGCCUCAGAAACUUCUGAAUAUGAGAAAGUUAUCGACUACUACAUUUGUUCUGAGAGCGAUGUUUUUGUACCAGCCAUUUCUGGCCUGUUUUAUGCCAAUGUUGCUGGUAAAAGAAUUUCUACAGGCAAGACUCAGAUACUUGUUCCAGCAAGCAUUCCUGGUUCAUCCGCAUCUUCUGGAGAUUUCAUAACUCAUUACGUCUCAAAAAAGAAUCAUUUUGCCUAUUCGUGUUUCUGCUAGUUCUCCUGGAACUGAAUUGAUACACCCACAGACAGCACUUUCAAAAAUGGGGUCAUUUCUCCUGGAUCAAAUUGUUCAGGGUUAAUUUAUUAGUGAAACAGGUUGGUUUUAGAAUUGUAUUGUGUUUUUAUUUAAGAUCAAUAUAAGACCUCUCUUCGAGGAUUCUGCCUAUGUGGUUGUCUUACAAUUACAGACUUUGGAAGAUGUAAUAGCAAAUAUUUGUUGAUUGUGUUGUAAAAUCAUUUUACUCUCUAUUCCUUUGUAACAAAUUUUGCAUCCAAUUUUUGUAGUUUUGCCA